AUGAGUGAUCCUGCGGAAUACAUACACACCGAGGGUGAAAGAGGCCUCUCAGCAGUUGCUGGCACAUCGACAGUCUCGGAUUCUGCUCUUGUCGAAAGAGUUACCUCAUAUGUCAAAGAAUACAUGUCCCAUUAUGACAGCUCUCAUGACUUUGACCAUGUCCUACGAGUUCUCGGCCUUGCCAGGCUUAUUGCUUCAACUCCAUCAUAUGUACAUGUAUUUACAAAUGCUCCAUUGCCCAAGUAUAACCCCCUCAUCAUCACGCUCUCCGCGCUUUUGCAUGACGUCGGUGACAAGAAAUACCUCAAACCUGGCGAGAACGGUCAGACCAUGGUUUACGAGCUCCUUGUUUCUUUUGGGGCAUCAAGAUCUUUGGCAGAAACGAUUCAAAAGAUUGUUAGCAACGUAUCGUUCUCUGCAGAAACAAAGUCAGCAGAAUCCUGGGAGAAUGUACAGAAGCUAGUGCGGGAAAUUCCAGAGCUCGGUAUUGUGCAGGAUGCGGAUCGCCUAGAUGCAAUUGGCAGCGUUGGUAUUGGCCGCGCGUUUACGUAUGGUGGUGCAGCCUUUAACACGGGCCAAAAGGGAAGAACUCUGCAGAAGACGAUUGACCAUUUUACUGUGAAGCUGGAGCAUCUGGAGGGUUUGAUGAAGACCGAGGAAGGGAGAAGGCUAGCGGAGGAGAGGACGAGACGGCUCAAGAUGUUUAAGGAGUGGUGGGAGGAGGAGGUGUCGGCUGCAGAGGAUGGAUUGAAGUCUGUCCCGCUAUCAAAGGGGUAUAAACUGAGUGGCAUGAUCCGCGACUAG